AUGCAGGAAAUUCAAUCCUCCGAGUUGGAAGAGCGGGCGAUGGAAACACUGGGGAGGACCGUGGUUGAUGGGCUGCCUGAUGUCCCAACUAUUGGAGUAGAGAACGACAUUAUAAUCAAUCUAGAUCCGCAGAGUCCGACAGUAAGUGAGAUGCCAUCAACGUCACGUUCUCGAAGGCAGACUUCUCAGGAAAUGUUUGCUGACAUGAUGGCUACAAUGAAGAAGAGGAGCGAAGAAGAGGCAAAAUUUAGAGAGACAUCGCAACAAUGCUUCCAAAAUGUUGCGGACUCUUUGAACAAUAUGGCAUGUGCUAUUUUAAAACUAUCGGAAGCUGUUUAA